UUGCAACAAAACUGUCAACAACACAUGUGUUUUGGAGCGGCACAAAAGCGGCAUGUGUUGAUUCGAGAAAAAUCGAAAGAAUUCGUUUACUUUACAUUGCUAAACUAUUAAGAUAGUGAUAAAAGCUGUUAUUAAACAUGAAACGCAAAGGAAGCAUACUUCUUACACCAAAAAAGAAAAAGCAAAUCGAAUUUGAGUCGGACAAUGAGGAAGAUCGUGCAGCAUCGGACAGCGAAAUCGAACAAGCCGCACAAGACGAUGAUGAUCAGGACGAGAAUUCAGAAGUAGAUCAAAGCGAAGAGGAUCAAGCUACCGACGAGGAUGAGGAUGAUGAACAGGGCUCGGACGAGUUAGAGGAUGCGGAAGAAUCUGAUGAUGAGCAGCAGGAGCAGGAUUCAGAGGAGGACAACAACGAGGAAAAUGCAGAGCACAGUGAUCAGCAAGAGAGCGGGAAUGAAGACGAUGGCACAGAACGACGUAUACCAGCCAGAAAACAACCUAUUAUCCGGGGCAAGGUGCAACGUGUAACACCUUUACUGAAGAAAAAGAAGCGAAAACCUGGCGUAAUUUACAUCUGCUCCAUCCCCAAACACAUGAAUGUGACCAUCCUACGGUCGUUGCUCGAACCCUUUGGCGAAAUCGGCCGCGUAUACCUGCAACCAUCUCAAAAAGAUGGCAAGGUGCGAAUGAAGACGGCUCAGGGCAAACGAGCGAUGGUCCAGUACACCGAGGGUUGGGUGGAGUUCCUAGAUAAACGUGUUGCCAAACAAGUAGUGCCACUGCUAAACAUGCACCCCAUCACGAAUAAGAAAAAGUCAGCCUUUCGCGAUAUCCUGUGGAGCAUGAAGUAUCUGUCAGGGUUCAAGUGGGUCCAUCUAAAUGAACGGCUAACGUACGAGCGGGCAGUGGCCAAGGAGAAGAUGCGCGAACAGAUUCAGCAGAUUCGCAAGGAAGUUUCGUAUCACGAAACGAAGAUCCAUCAUAAGGAGAUGGCACUGAAAAAUGCUGCAAGGGAAAAGAAGGAAGCCAAGGCAAAGAAAAAUCAGGUAUAAAACAUACGUAUGUUAAACUAA